UGUGUGCAUGUAUAUAUGGCCAUGAACGGGUUGUGUCGAGUGUUCACUUCGUCGAGAGUCUUAUCAUCGAACGUUACGCUUUUGUUAGCUCAAAUUCCAAACAAAACCAAGAAACCUCUACCUCAGAAUAGAAGAUUACCUCAGCUUUUGUGCGUAAGAGCGAUGGCGUCUGAGAAACAAAGACAACAUGCCCAACCUGGCAAGGAACACGUCAUGGAAACAACCCCACAAUUCUCUAGCUCAGACUACCAACCCUCCAACAAGCUUCGUGGCAAAGUGGCGUUGAUAACUGGUGGAGACUCCGGGAUUGGUCGAGCAGUGGGAUACUGUUUUGCACUCGAAGGUGCCACUGUAGCUUUCACUUAUGUGAAGGGUCAAGAGGAGAAAGAUGCGCAAGAGACUUUACAAAUGUUGAAGAAGGCAAAAACAUCGGAUGCUAAGGAACCAAUCGCUAUUCCCACUGACUUAGGAUUCGACGAGAACUGCAAAAGGGUCGUUGAUGAGGUCGUUAACGCCUUUGGACGUAUUGAUGUUUUGAUCAAUAACGCAGCAGAGCAGUACGAGAGCAGCUCGAUCGAAGAGAUUGAUGAGCCUAGACUUGAGCGAGUCUUCCGUACAAACAUAUUCUCUUACUUCUUCCUCACAAGGCAUGCGUUAAAAUAUAUGAAGGAAGGAAGUAGCAUCAUCAACACCACAUCAGUGAACGCCUACAAGGGAAACGCUUCACUUCUGGACUACACUGCUACAAAAGGAGCCAUUGUGGCGUUUACUCGAGGUCUUGCACUUCAGCUUGCUGAGAAAGGAAUCCGUGUCAAUGGUGUGGCGCCUGGUCCGAUAUGGACUCCGCUUAUCCCAGCCUCCUUCAAUGAGGAAAAGAUUAAGAAUUUCGGGUCUGAGGUUCCGAUGAAACGAGCGGGUCAGCCAGUUGAGGUUGCACCUUCGUAUGUUUUCUUGGCUUGUAACCACUGCUCUUCCUACUUCACCGGUCAAGUUCUCCACCCCAACGGAGGAGCUGUGGUGAAUGCGUAAGCGUGGAACAGACACUACAGUCUAUAAACGUUUUAAGGUCUUACAUACGGUGACAAAAGUUGUAAUGUUGUUUUGGGUUUAGGGACCUUUUGUUAAGUCAUGUAUAUGUUAGUAAUGUGUCGAGUACGACCUUUUGUCAGUAUGGUGGAACUAUCAAAAGUAUCUUGUAAUAAAGACUUCCACAUCGAUAGUACUUUGGGCCUUUCCCCUC